AAAACAAAUAAAAUAAUUGAAGAAGAGGAAAAAACAUUAGAAGAUGAGGAAGAUGAAGACCUUUUAUGGUUAAGAAAUCAAAAAAAAUCAAAAAAAUAUGAAGAUAUGGCAAUAAAAUCUGCAAAUGAUAAUUAUAAUCAAAAAAGGCCUACAAUUAAUUUUGCACCCGUAAAGGCUGAAAGUGAACAAAUUGUGAAGAAAGAAGAUAAUAAAAAUAAUAAAAACCAACAAAUAUACCUCACAACUACCCAACAAACAAUUACUAAUGAUUUUAGUUUGCAAGAAGAAUUAAAUGAAAUAAUUAGUAGUGUUGAAAGAAGUGGAGAAAUAAAUAAUUUAAAACGCCCUUUUGACAACAAUAAUAAUCGACAAUAUUUUUCUUCAUUAUACGAAGAAGAAGAAGAAAUUCAGCCAGUAGAAAUACCUUUCGAACCUUUACCUCCUCCAAUAUCAGAAAUUCCUAUUUGGAAAAGACCCCCACCAGGGGAAAAUUUAAAUAAUUUACCCCCUCCCCCUCCUCCCCCACCACUUUCAAUUAAAUUUUCAUUACAAGCAAAUGUUAAACCAUCAUCUCAUAUUGAAAAGGAAAAGAAUUUGUUGAGAAGAAAGCGAAGAGAGGCCCCAAUUCUCGUCACAGCUUUAAUUGAUAUUGGCCGGGGUAAUUGGCAAAGAUUUACUCGGCAUUUUGAUCAAUAUUUAAAUUAUUUAACAAAUAUUCUGUUUAGAAUGCAGAAUAAUAUAAUUAUUUAUUGUGACAAUUCUGUUUAUGAAUAUUUAAAAGUUUUGAAUGAACAAAUUAAAUUGGAAAGAAUACAGGCACUAAAUAAAUAA